GUGUUUCCGUUCUCAGGCAGCAGCUCUCUCUCCUCUCUGUUCUCUCGUCUCUCUGGCUUCAGUCAGUGUUUGUUCUGCGACAUGACAACUCUACUAGUGGUUCUGCUCUGAUAGAUCCUCGUCUGUGUUCCUCUGUGUUCCUCUGGGUUAUGGUUUGAAGGGUCACCAUGAUCUCCAGGUUCUCCACCUAUCAGCUGCUUCUCCUGCUGACCGUCUUCUCCUCAGAGUUUCCACAUCCAGCAGCAGGAAGUUCCAACACCACGCUGACCAACCGCACCAAAUGUGGCGGCAGCACCGACUGUAUCGAGGGCGUCAUCCUGCCAGUGUGGAAACCCGACAACCCGGGCUUCACCGACCGCCUCGCCAGAGCCACCAUCUACUUUGUGGGGCUGGUGUACAUGUUCCUGGGUGUCUCCAUCAUCGCCGACCGCUUCAUGGCGUCCAUCGAGGUCAUCACGUCGCAGGAGAGGCGGAUCACCAUCAAGAAGCCAAACGGGGAGAAGGUCACCACGAUGGUGCGCAUCUGGAACGAGACGGUGUCCAACCUGACCCUGAUGGCACUGGGUUCGUCCGCCCCGGAAAUCCUCCUGUCGGUCGUGGAAGUCUGCGGUCACAACUUCAACGCCGGGGAGCUUGGUCCCAACACCAUCGUAGGAAGCGCCGCCUUCAACAUGUUCGUCAUCAUCGGCCUCUGCGUGUCCGUCAUCCCUGAAGGAGAGACCCGGAAGGUGAAGCACCUGCGGGUGUUCUUCAUCACCGCCACCUGGAGCGUCUUCGCCUACAUCUGGCUCUACCUGAUCCUCGCCGUCAUCUCUCCGGGGGUCGUUCAGAUAUGGGAGGGGCUUCUCACGCUCUUCUUCUUCCCGCUUUGCGUUGGAUUUGCUUAUGUGGCCGACCGCAGGCUGCUCUUCUACAAGUACAUGUACAAGCGAUACAGAGCAGGGAAGCAGAAGGGAAUGAUCAUCGAAACCGAGGGGGAGCCGGAGCUGCCCUCAAAGGUUGACAUCGAAAUGGAUGGUAAAAUGCUCAAUUCUCACGGCGAGGAAUUCUUGGACGGGGAGGCGGGGUUUGAGGAGAAGGAGCUGGACGAGGAAGAGUCCCGCAGAGAGGUGGCCCAGAUCCUGAAGGAGCUAAAGCAGAAGCAUCCAGAGAAGGAGAUGGAGCAGCUGAUGGAGCUUGCCAACUACCAGGUUUUAACGCAGCAGCAGAAGAGUCGGGCUUUCUAUCGCUGCCAGGCCACCAGGAUCAUGACCGGAGCUGGAAACGUCCUGAAGAAACACGCCGCAGACCAGGCCAAGAGAGCCACGCAGCUCGACCUGAGCUCCGAGGUGUCGGCCAAUGACUUCUCCUCCAAGGUGUUCUUCGACCCCGGGACCUACCAGUGUCUGGAGAACUGUGGCAGUGUGUUGCUGAACGUGGUUCGUCGCGGCGGAGAUCUGACCAGCACCGUCGCCGUGGAUUACCGGACUCAAGAUGGCACUGCCAACGCCGGCUCAGACUACCAGUUCACCGAGGGGACUGUGGUGUUCAAACCCGGCGAGACCGAGAAGGAGAUCUGCAUCGACAUCAUCGAUGAUGACAUCUUUGAGGAGGACGAGCACUUCCUGGUUCACCUCAGCAAUGUGAAGGUCGUGUCGGAGGACCAGCGGGCCAACCACGUGGACACCCUGGCAGGUCUGGGUUUGCCGUGCACGGCCACCGUCACCAUCUUCGACGACGACCACGCUGGCAUCUUCACGUUCGAGGAGCCAGUGGUGAGGGUGAGCGAGAGCGUCGGGGUGAUGGAGGUGAAGGUGGUGAGGACCUCUGGAGCUCGAGGCGUGGUGGUGGUGCCAUACAAGACCAUGGAGGGGACGGCUAAAGGAGGCGGCGAGGACUUUGAGGACACACAUGGAGUCCUGGAGUUUGAGAACGAUGAGAUCUUGAAAACCAUUCAGAUCAAUAUAAUCGAUGACGAGGAGUACGAGAAAAACAAGAACUUCUUCCUAGAAAUCGGGGAGCCCCAGCUGCUGGAGAUGAGCCAGAGGAAAGCUGUGUUGCUUCAAGAAGCCGGUGGAUUCGUGAAGACAGACAAACAGCUGUGCGGUAGAGACGUCUACAGGAAGGUUCAGGGACGAGAGCAUCCUGCCACAUCCACCUUCAUCAGCAUCACAGGAGACGGAGCUGAGGAGGUGCUGACCAAGAAGGAGGAGGAGGAGCGUCGGAUCGCCGAGAUGGGCCGACCGACGCUGGGAGAGCACAUCAAACUGGAGGUCAUCAUCGAGGAAUCCUACGAGUUCAAGAGCACAGUGGAUAAGCUCAUCAAGAAGACCAACCUGGCUCUGCUGAUCGGGACCAACAGCUGGAGGGAGCAGUUUGUGGAGGCCAUCACCGUCAGCUCCGGUGACGAUGACGAUGAUGAAUGUGGUGAGGAGAAGGUGCCCUCCUGUUUUGACUACGUCAUGCACUUCCUCACCAUCUUCUGGAAGCUUCUGUUUGCCUUCGUUCCUCCCACUGACUACUGGAACGGCUGGGCCUGCUUCGUCGUCUCCAUCUCCAUCAUCGGGAUCCUGACGGCGGUGAUUGGAGACCUGGCGUCACAUUUUGGUUGCACCGUCGGCCUCAAAGACUCCGUCACUGCGGUGGUGUUUGUUGCUUUGGGCACUUCAGUACCAGACACCUUUGCCAGUAAGGUGGCAGCCAUCCAGGACCAAUAUGCUGACGCCUCCAUCGGCAACGUGACAGGAAGUAACGCCGUCAACGUCUUCCUGGGUAUAGGUGUGGCCUGGUCCAUUGCCGCCAUCUACCACUACAUCCAGGGUGAAGAGUUCAAGGUGGACCCGGGCACGCUGGCCUUCUCCGUCACUCUCUUCACCAUCUUCGCCUUCAUCUGCAUCGCUGUCCUCAUCUACCGCCGCCGUCCCGAGAUUGGCGGGGAGCUCGGAGGACCCCGGGUGCCCAAGAUCCUGACCACCUGCCUGUUCUUCAGCCUGUGGUUAAUGUACAUCAUCUUCUCCUCGCUGGAGGCCUACUGCCACAUAGAGGGCUUCUAGCAUUCUGCUUCGGACCACCCUAGAGGCUCUAAUGGAUUCUGAUUGGUUGUGGUGGAUUAGGUUCCUGCAUGUAUCAACAGGUUCCUAUUAUGUGUUUUAGUCUAAAGGUUGUAACAGGGUCUGACACUUGGUGAUCCCUAAAGGUUCUGAUGACAGGUUUCUAACACGGUCACGUAAAUGUCCUGAUGGACUAUGUAGUUAUUUUAGGUUCUUUAAAAGGUUCUAAACAUUUUUGAUCUUUUCUAAAGGUUUCAGAGAUUCCUGAAGAGCUCUGCAGCUUCUUUAUGGUCCUGAUGGGUUUCCAGAGGUUUUCUGUGGGUUUGGAUAAACUGGUUCUGCUGAGUUCCUGAAGUUUUUUAAGUUUUAGAUUGACAUGUAAGGGUUCUAACAGAUUCCUGAAAGCUGAUGGAUUUCUAAAGACUUCAGUUGGUUCUCUAAGGUUCCUGCCUCUGCUGAGUCCAGAGGCUCUACUAGGUUCUAGGUUCCUGACUGUGAUCAAAACAUACUGGUUCUGGCAGGUUUCUGAAGUUCUGUAAAGCUCAGAUGAACUCCUGGUGAAUCUUCUGACAGCUGGAGUUUUUCUAAAUGUCCAAAUUGUAUCAUUGUUUGAGGUCUUUAAAGGUCUAACAGGUUCUAAACAUCUUUCAUGGGUUUUCUAAGAGUCUUAGAUUUUGGAUCAAUGAAUAAAGGUUCUAAGAAGUUCCUGACAGUGGAUGGAUUUCUGAAGGCUCUGGUUGGUUCCUACAUAAUGUGUCAGCUUCUUUACAUGAACUCGUGGUUCUCUGAGGUUCCUGUCUAAAAUGUCUAACAGGUUCCUGAGAGUAGGUGGAUUUCUAAAGGUUUUCUCUGAGCCUGGAUGAACCUGUAAUGUUCUGCUGAGUUCCUGUAUUUUCACUUAAGAUUUAAAUUGAUGAUUGAGGGUUCUAAAAGGUUCUUAACAGUUGUUGGAAAGCUGUGGUGAUAGCUUGUUCUUGACUCUGAAAUAUUCCAUCUGUGUGGUACUUCCGGUUCUGACAGCUUCUAAACAUCUUCAGUGGGGUUCUACAAGUUCUAGUAGAACCCUCAUUCUGGUGUUCUCUGGACUGUUCUCUAGUUGCUGAGCACCAGAGUCUCGACUAUCCUGUUUAUCUGUAAUAUAAACCCUUCACCUGAACCUUCCAGCUGUGUACAGCGCUCUGAUUUCAGUGUGUGGACCUGGAACCACAGCAGGAGAAUUUCUGAGAACCUGCAGCACUUCUGACCGCAGCCAUCGGUCGUAUCUGCACCGAGUUUGAAUUCUAGAUUUGAGAACGAAUCGAGGCCGUCUGAGGUGUUUUGACUCUUUACCACAGACGCUGGUGGAGGAGUAAGAGGUGUGGAUAAAAUGAUGUUCUGUGAUCUGAUUGGGUGUUUGGAUGAUGUAAACACAGAAUAUAGUGUUUUUCCUUCAACUAUUAAAGUGCAGUGUGACGUGU